AUCAAGAUGCAUUCAUAAUUACUGGUGAUUGGAUUGCAAAAGUUGGAAAUAAAGAAGAAGGAUCAGUAGUUGGAAAAUAUGGCCUUGGUGAUAGAAAUGACCCUGGCGAUUACAUGAUAGAAUUUUGCAAGACCAAUGAUUUAUUCUUUGAAAAUACCUUUUCUCAACAACAUAAAUGGUGACCAUACACAUGGAUCUUGCCAGAUAGCAUACACACGAAUCAAAUUGACUAUGUCUGUGGAAAGAGAUGAUGGAGAAACUCAGUAUCAUCUGUUAGAACAAGGCCAGGGGCCAAUAGUGAAACAGACCAUCAAUUGCUCAUAUGCAAGCUCAAGUCGAAGCUGAAGAAAAGUAAAUCAGGUCCACGAGAGCCAAAGUACGACCUUGAGCAUAUCCUACCUUAAUUUAGAGACCAUUUCAAGAAGAGAUUUGACACCAGGAACACUAAUGACAGAAGACCAGGUGAGUUGUGGGAAGACCUCAAGGAUAUCAUACAUGAAGAAAGCAAAAGGUCAUUAAAAAGAUCAGAAAGAAAAGACCAAAACAGAUGUCAGAAGUGACUGUGAAACUUGCUUUUGAACGUAGAGUAGCUAAAGUGAUGGAAGAAUGAUGAAGUAAAACAGCUGAGCAGAAGAUUUCAAAGGGUAACUUGAGAAGACAAAGUAAAGUGUUACAAUGAAGUGUGCAAAGAGCUGGAGUUAGAAAACCAAAAAGGAAGAACACACACGGUAUUUCUCAAGCUGAAAGGACUGAAGAAAAAAUUUAAACCUCGAGUUGCAAUAUUAAAGGAUUGUAUGGGCAACAAGUUAAACAGUGCAGAAUGCUUCAAAAGAAGAUGGAAGGAAUACACAGAGUCACUGUACCAAAAAGAAUUGGUCAGUGUUCAGGUAUUUCAGGAAGUAGCAUAUGAUUAAGAACUGAUGGUACUGGAGGAAAAAAAUUCAAGCUGCUCUGAAGGCAUUGGCAAAAAACAAGGCUCCAGGAGUUGAUGGAAUACCAAUUGAGACGUUUCAUCGAAUGGAUGCAAUUCUGGAAGCACCCACUUGUUUAUGCCACGAAAUUUGGAAGACAGCUACCUGGCCAAGUGACUGGAAGAGAUCCAUAUUUGUCUCCAUUCCAUAGAAAGGUGAUCCAGCGGAAUGUGGAAAUUAUUGAACAAUAUCAUUAAUAUCACAUGCAAAUGAAGUUUUGCUGAAGAUCAUUCAAAAAUGGUUGCAGCAGUACAUGGACAGGGAACUGCCAAAAAUUCAAGUUGGAUUCAGAUGAGGGCAUGGAAUGAGGGGUAUCGUUGCUGAUAUCAGAUGGAUCUUGGCUGAAAGCAGGGAAUACCAGACAGAUGUUUACCUGUGUUUUAUUGACUAUGAUAAGGCAUUCAGCUGCAUGGAUCAUAAAAUUAUGGAUGACAUUGCAAAGGAUGGGAAUUCAGAACACUUAAUUGUGCUAAUGUGGAACCUAUACAUUGACCGAGAGGUAGUCAUUCAAACAGAACAAGGUGAUACUGCAUGGUUUAAAAUCUGGAAAGAUGUGUGUCAGGUUUGUAUCUUUUCACUAUACUUAUUCAAUCUGUAUGCUGAACAGAUAAUCCAAGAAGCUGGAUUAUAUGAAGAAGAACACAGCAUCAGGAUUGGAGGAAGACUCAUUAACAACCUGCGAUAUGCAGAUGACAGAACCUUGCUUGGUGCAAGUGAAGAGCACUUGAAGCACUUACUGAUGAAAAUUAAAGACUACAGCCUUCAGUAUGAAUUACACCUCAACAUAAAGAAAACAAAAGUCCUCACAGCUGGACCAAUAAGCAACAUCAUGAUAAAUGGAGAAAAGAUUGAAGUUGUUAAGGAUUUCAUUUUACUUGGAUCCACAGUCGAUGCCCAUGGAAGCAGCAGUCAAGAAAUCAAAUGACGUAUCUGCUGCAAACAACCUCUUUAAAGUGUUAAAAAGCAAAGACGUCACCUUGAGGAUGAAGGUGUGCCUGACCCAAGCCAUGAUAUUUUCAGUCACUUAAUGUGCAUGUGAAAGCUGGACAAUGAAGAAGGAAGACUGAAGAAGAAUUGAUGCAUUUGACUUAUGUAGCUGGUGAAGAAUAUUGACUAUACCAUGGACUGCCAGAAGAAUGAACAAAUGUGUUGUGGAGGAAGCACAGCUAGAAUGCUGCUUAGAAGCGAGGAUGGAGAAACAAAUGGCAAAGAGAAUGGAAAUGCCUCUCCAGUGUCUGGACCUUUUGGCAUAUUCUCGACCAUCUCUACUGCUGUUCAGAGCACAGGAAAGAGCGUUAUCAGUGGGGGUUUGGAUGCCUUAGAAUUCAUUGGGAAAAAGACAAUGGAUGUAAUAGCAGAGGGAGAUCCUGGAUAUAAAAAAACCAAGGGUCUAAUGAACCGGAAUUCUACAUUGUCUCAGGUUUUACGUGAGGCAAAGAAGAAAGAAGAGCUGUGGACCUCCAGUGAGGUUACCAUGGAAACAGACAAGAAAACUCAUUAUGGGCUACUCUUUGAUGAAUUUCAAGGCCUUUCUCAUCUAGAAGCUCUGGAGAUGCUUUCCCGAGAAAGUGAAAUAAAGGUGAAAUCUAUUCUUAAUUCUCUGAGUGGACAAGAAUUAGAGACUCUAAAACUUGAAUUGGAGCAACUCAAAGAAGCGUUUUCCCUAGCAGAGUUCUGUGAGGAAGAAGAAGAAGAGAAAAAAGGGGAUGAAGACUUUACCAAAGAAAUAACAGACCUGUUUUCCCAGCUACACAUCUCCACCAAACCAGAGAAACUGGCCAGAGCAAGAAAUACUGCCUACGAAUGGAUCGGGACAUCUCUGACCAAGCCCUUAGCAGAGAAAGAAGAAGGGGAAAAAUAUUUGGAAGUGGAAAGUACUGAGCAAGUCAAUAAAAAUUCAAUAGAGGAUAUCCAUGCGUUUGCAAUCCGGAGUCUAGCAGAACUGACUGCAUGCUCAAUUGAACUGUUCCACAAAACAGCAGCGUUGGUCCUGCAUGGUCAGAAGCAGGAAGUGACAGCCGUAGAGAGGAGCAGAACCCUUUCCCAGGUAACAGUUGUGUUAUGCAAAGAAUUGUCUGUUCUGUCUAAAGAGUUCACCACCUGCCUAACAACUGCUGGGGUCAAAGAAAAUGCAGAUGUCCUUAACCCGUUAAUUACUGCAGUAUUUCUAGAGGCAUCAAACAGUGCUUCCUACAUCCAGGAUGCCUUUCAGCUGCUCUUACCCAUGCUGGAGAUCUCCCUCAUUGAGAGCAAGACUGAAUCACCGCAGGCAUGAGCUACAGGUCCGGCAGCCUUUGUUAGAACCUUGAAGGACAGAGGAGAUUUGACCUGGACUUGUGGCAAGGCCAAGAAGUGCCACUGUCUUCUGGAUACCCUUGCAGAAGUGAGGGAAGAGAGUUAUUUUAGUAUUAUUGAAAAAUUCAGUUAGGAGAGCAAGCUUUAAGAGGAAACUGGUUGCCUUACUACUUGGCUGAAGUAGUCAGGCCCUCACACUACCGUUCCCAAUUGUUGUAAUUAAAUUUGAAAAAUAUCUUUCAUAGAAAGUCCAAGGAUAAUGGCUCUAGAUAAAGGUGAGUAGGGCACUCAGGCAAAAAUACUGUUCUUUCUUUGACAUGAUGCAAAACAGUAACAAUUUUGCCAUGAAUAUAAUUGGUUGUUAUCCAAAAGAGAAAUGACUUAAUUUGCAUUCUAGAAUUCAUGUGUUUGGCCUAGUAAUGGCACUUCCUUUCUCCUUUCUAGAAUAAAAUCUAUGCCUGUAAGAAAACUGAGUGUGUAUAAGCUCCCUGAUGAUUACUGUUUAUCUCAUGAAUUUUUGGAAAUGGUUAGGAAGUUGCAUCUGCUCUUUUAUUCUUAGCAGAUAUUUGGCAUUAAGGAGAAAGUUGUAGAAUAUUGUAUUUGUAGCCACAUAAAUUAACUAUUGCAACAUGCCUUUGACUUCAAAUAGCCCCCAAACCCCCACCCUGCGAUGGUAAGCCUCAAGUUAUAACUGACCCUCACUUAACUAGAUUAAGACCAGUAAGUGCAAUUUAUAGAAAUGGUUUCCUGUUUGCAGAUAUUCUGCGUCUCCAGGAUAUUUUUCAUGCAUACCCUAUAUGCAGGAUAAAUUCUAUAACAGCCGACUCCAAAGGAGUGUUGAAGUACUUUCAGUAACGGGGUUUUUAUUGCUUGAAUAUGGUUGAAGUGGACUGUAGAGUCCCACAGAAAUGGUGUUUAUUGAUAACAGGACUUAACCUAUAAAACACAAUGUAUUUUUUCCUUUUAAUGUAUUCUUUAGCAUGUUUAGUCUUAAGUUUUUUUGGCUCAGUUAAGAGGCUAUUAAGAGACAUCUUCCUAAAGGCUAUUUUCGUAUCCACUUUUUGUAAAAAGUUCUCAAACUUUGUUGUUUUUAAUGAUUCAUUAAAUUUUGUGAGCUCUCCCACUCAUCUUCUAAAACCUUUAAAAUAAAAUUGAAUAAUUGUG